UUGAAGUCGUGUGAUGAUGGUGUCCGGUGUUGUUCCAGCCUGCAUACCAGCACCGGGACACCGUGUUCAGCACAAAUACUCCCGUACGGUUAUGGAUGACAUGCAUGUCCGCUAGCUUGAUUUGCUUUCAAUUAGUUUGUAGGUGACCCACACAUCAUGCACCUACCAACCUGGUCUGCUUACAGCCCCACCUGCAGCUGAGCCUCUCCUCAGCUUGAGCUCUAAAACCCUCCCUCCAACACCAUGGAUUCUGACCAGCAGAGCAGCCCUCUUCCCCAGCUUAGUGCAGAAUACUUUUCAUGGAACUACCGCCUUCAGCUUAUCGGCUUGGGCUUUGCCUUCUAUGCAGGAAUAUUCCUCCUUUCCCACCUCGUGUCUUCAGCAUUGUUCUGCACCUACAACUCCCUGAUAGCUAAGGAGAAAGUUUUCUGGAACCUCGCAGCGACUCGGGCUGUGUUUGGCAUCCAGAGUACUGUAGCCGGACUCCGAGCCUUGACCCAAGACUCAUUGUUAACCAGAGACAGAGUGAAGGGACAAGAAGACUGGUCAUGGUUCAACAUGCUCACAGCCACAGGUUUCUUCGUGUUUGAGAAUGUAGCACUUCACUCCUCCAGUGUGGUAUUUCGGUCAUUUGACCUCCCACUGGCUACGCACCAUUUCUUCGCCCUGUCGGGUUAUGCAGGAGGAGUGGUGUGGGAUUCAAUGGGCCACUAUCUGCCAAUGGUUACGCUGCUGCUGGAGAUGAGCACGCCAUUCACCUGUAUAUCCUGGAUGUUACUGAAGGCUGGCUGGGCCCGCACUCUGUUUUGGAAAGCCAACCAGUGGGUGAUGAUCCACUCAUUCCACUGUCGCAUGGUGCUCACCUACUACAUGUGGUGGGUAACUGUGACCCACUGGGAAGGGAUCAACACCCAUGUGGCUCUGCCCGUGCGCCUACUCUUCUUCUCUGGCCUCGCUCUGCUCACAUUGAUUAUUAACCCCCUCUGGACACACAAGAAGACCAUGCAGCUGCUGAAUCCUGUUGACUGGAACUUUGGAAACAAGCCGGUGCCCCAAAACGGUGCCUCGGAGGGUCAGUCAGAAGUUUCUGUUAAACCCCACGCUAGUUGAGGGGUAUCAAAGAGAACAUUUCCUCUGAGAGAUGCCUUUUUUGCUUUUUUUUUAAUGGAUGCCUGAAGUUACUGUGAAGUUAGAGUGAUGAUAGUAAGUUAAGUGUUGCUAAACUUUUUAUACAAAAGGAAACUUUGGCAUCUUUCAACCUGCACCCUGUUUUCCCAUGUUUUGUGUCCAAGUUACUACUUAUAACAACGUUUUUGGAAUUCUG